AUGGACACAAAGCUCGCAUCUCGCCUUGAUAUUCUGGCCGACAAUACCCUUGCUACCGUCUACGAACGUAAUCGAUUACGAGAUCUCAAGUUAAAUUACGACAAGUACGAGACGCAGAUACAGAAAAAGUUGACGCAAUUGCGAGAUGGGCUCAAGACUUUGGAAGAACAGCUUGCUGCAGAAGAAGAAGCUGGUGUUGCGGAUACCAAGACCGACGAAGAUAAGCUAGUGGAGCUUCAAGUCAAAGUAGACAAGCUGGAUGCCUUGAUGGGAGAUGCUGAUCAAGCGAGGGAGGCGUUAUUUGGCAACAAACGAGGCAAAAGUGUUCGUUUCUCACCAGCAAAUCAAAUGGAGGUGGAUCCUAGUGAUUUGGAAAAUGGACAAAUAUUACAAUUGCAACAAAGGAUCAUUGAAGACCAAGAUACAAACUUGGAUCAUUUGUCAGACGCCAUUCGAAGGCAGCGGGAGCUGGGUCUCUUGAUCGGCGACGAAUUGGAUACACAUGCACAGCUGAUUGAUGAAACACAUGAAAUGGUGGAUCGCACUGAUGCAAGAUUGCAGAAAGCAAGGAAAAAGCUCAACUAUGUUGGACGCAAAGUCAAGGAUAAUCGCUCCAUAUGUAUUGUCAUUGUUCUCAUAUUUGUGUUCUUUGUCCUGCUCGCAUUGUUCCGAUAA